AUGCUUAUUUUAGGAAAGCCUGGUGGGGGAAAAGGAACGAUUUCGGGAAAGAUCCUCAAGGACUUUCCUCGAUUCCACCACGUAUCGACAGGCGACUUGCUACGGCAACACGUAAACGAGGGUACGCAACUCGGGAAAGAGGCCAAAUCCUUUAUGGAAUCUGGUAAGCUGGUGCCGGAUUCGCUUAUGAUCAAUCUUCUGAUGGACGACGCGAAACCAUAUAUCGAAGAAGGACGAAGCUUGCUGCUUGAUGGUUUUCCUCGGACACUACAACAAGCGCAAGCUUUGGAGGAAGUUGCUCACAUUGAUACGGUGGUAAAUUUGGAUAUUCCGACCAACACGAUCGUCGAACGGAUUGCCGACCGAUGGAUACACCCAGCGUCAGGACGAAUUUAUUCCUAUUCCUACAAGCCACCCAAAGCUGUCGGUAAGGACGAUGUGACUGGAGAACCUUUGGUCCAACGUGACGACGAUAAACCUGAAUCUGUUCGGACUCGACUGGCAGCGUAUGACAAGGUUACGGCACCACUCGUGGACUGGUACCGACGAAAAGGACUGGUGCAAACUUUUCGGGGGACGGAGAGCGAUGUAAUUUACCCCCAAGUCAAAGCUUACCUGGAGGAAAAAAACUUUUGA